AUGAGACUGGUGCUUCCCAACCCCGGGCUUGAAGACCGGAUCCCCUCACAUAAGGAGCUAGAGAAGGAGGAGGCUGGAGAGCGGCCCAAAUGGGACAACAAAACCCAAUAUCUGCUCACCUGUGUGGGCUUCUGUGUGGGACUCGGCAAUGUCUGGCGAUUUCCGUACCUGUGUCAAAGCCAUGGAGGAGGAGCGUUUAUGAUCCCAUUCCUCAUCCUGUUGGUUCUGGAGGGAAUUCCACUGCUGUACCUGGAGUUUGCCAUCGGCCAGCGCCUCAGGAAGGGCAGUGUGGCAGUCUGGACUGCUAUUAACCCCUACUUGCGUGGUGUUGGAAUUGCCUCUAUGCUGGUGUCCUUCCUGGUGGGUAUGUACUACAACACUAUCAUUGCCUGGGUGAUUUGGUACUUAGUCAACUCCUUCCAGAGCCCCCUGCCAUGGAGCUACUGUCCACCCAAUGACAACUUGACAGGACUGGUCUCAGAAUGCAAAAGCAGCUCUCCGGUCGACUACUAUUGGUACAGAGAAACGCUGAAUACUUCAACAGCUAUAGAUGAGUCGGGGAGUCUGCAGUGGCCAAUGGUGCUUUGUUUAGUUGCUGCUUGGACUGUGCUUUACAUUUGCAGCAUUAGAGGGAUUGAGACAUCUGGCAAGGCUGUGUACAUCACCUCCACUCUGCCAUACCUGGUCCUCACCAUCUUCCUCAUCAGAGGACUGACACUCAAAGGCUCUCUAGAUGGGAUCAAGUUUCUAUUCACACCAGAUCUCGAUGAAUUGUUGAAUCCAGAGACAUGGUUGGAUGCAGGUGCCCAAGUUUUCUACUCUUUCUCCUUGGCCUUUGGAGGUCUCAUCUCCUUCUCCAGCUACAACUCUGUUCACAACAACUGUGAGCAGGAUGCUGUAAUCAUCUCCAUUAUUAAUGGCUGCACUUCAGUCUAUGCAGCCACUGUGAUUUACUCCAUCAUUGGUUUCCAGGCCACGGAGCGCUUCGAUGGCUGUGUUAACAAAAACAUCAUUGCAUUGCUAAAUGCGUUUGACCUGGCUGAAGGAGACCUCACAGAAAAAAACUACCAUGAAAUGCUGCAAGGACUCAACAGCACUGCCUCAGGAUCAGAAAUCAUCCAGGGUCUGGACCUCAAUGACUGCAACCUACAGACUUUCCUAAGUGAGGGUGUGGAGGGAACAGGUCUGGCCUUCAUAGUGUUUACAGAGGCCAUCACUAAGAUGCCCAUCUCUCCUUUGUGGUCCAUCCUCUUCUUCAUCAUGCUUCUCUGUCUGGGACUCUCCACCAUGUUCGGAAGUAUAGAGGGAACUGUUGUUCCCUUGCAGGAUCUAAAGAUCUUUCCCAAGAGUUGGACCAAAGAGGUGAUCACAGGAAUUGUAUGCCUGUCAUCCUUUCUGAUUGCACUUCUCUUUGCCCUGCGGUCUGGUAGCUACUGGUUAGCGCUGUUUGACAGCUAUGCCGGCUCUAUUCCUCUGUUAAUGAUUGCCUUCUGUGAGAUGGUUGCCGUAGUCUACAUAUAUGGCAUAGACAGGUUUAACAAAGACAUUGAGUUUAUGAUUGGACACAAGCCAAAUAUCUUCUGGCAGGUGACAUGGAGAGUGGUUAGCCCCUUGAUUGUGUUAUUCAUCUUCAUCAUCUACUUUGUCUCCAAAGUCAACGCCAACCUGACCUACAUUGUCUGGAAUCCCAGCUCGCCAUACUUCCCUGGGCUUGAACAACUGACCUAUCCUGGUUGGAUCUACAUCAUCAUCUUCCUCCUGGCUGGAGUCCCGAGCAUUAUGGUCCCUGGAGUUGCCUUAUACAAAUUAUACCAAAGAUGUUUCUGCAAGAAAACAGUUUAUAAAACUGAGCUCAACACAGUCUCUGCCUCCGUCAAAAUAAAUGACAUGCCCACAAAGUCAUAG